GGACAGACAGAUAGGUAGACCUUGUAGGAUGAGAGUGAGAGAGAGAGAACGUUGAAAUAAGACCUUAGAAGUAAAGGAAGAGCCUUGAAACUCAACUGAACCCGAGCCAACAAUAGCCGGCAGGAGGCUGGAGGCAGAUAAGCUACGCAGAUAGUCUUCGAUAAAAGUUUUAUGAAACUUUGAUAAAAGUUUUUUUGUUGUGGCUGGGUCAUAUAUUAGACCUUUAAUGAGCAGGUGGGGAUGGAAAGGCUGAUCUCUCACUUAUUUGUUCUCUGGAAAGUUUUCCUCUUGUUGGAAGGCUCCCGGUUGCGUUUGGAGGAAUCGCUCCCCGAGAUCGUGGAGCACCCCAGGGACCUGGCGGUCUUCAAGGGGGAGCCGGCGACGCUGGACUGUCGAGCCCAGGGCCGCCCGCGACCCAUCAUCGAGUGGUACCGUAACGGGGAGCGCGUUGAGACCAGUGAGGACCACCCCCAGUCGCAGCGCACGCUCCUCCCGCACGGCUCCCUCUUCUUCUACCAGCUGAACCCGGGCCGCAGGGGGGCGCGGUCGGACGAGGGCGUGUACACGUGUGUGGCGCGCAACCCCCUGGGCAUCGUCCAGAGCAGGAACGCCUCCCUGUAUGUGGCAUCGCUGAGGGAGGAGUUUCGGCUGGAGCCCAGUGACACGGUGGGGGUGCUGGGGGAGAGGGUGGAGCUGCCGUGUCUACCCCCCCGAGGUCACCCCGAGCCGACCAUCCGGUGGAAGAAAGACGGGGUCUGGAUCAACGAGAGGGACGAGCAUUACCGGGUCACGGUGGGGAAGCUGAUCAUUCCCAUGGCCGAGCCGGCUGACUCGGGCGUGUACGUGUGUGUGGCCGGGAACAAAGUGGGUCAGCGCCAGAGCAGUGCGGCGGCCGUGACGGUGUUGGAGCGACCCGGGUUUGUGAGGAGACCUGAUGACGUGACGGUGGAGCCGGGCGGCACUGCCCGCUUCCCCUGUGAGCCUCGAGGUGACCCCAUGCCCCGCGUCCACUGGCAGAGGGAACGUGGAGAGCUGCCUGCGGGCAGGUACGAGGUGACCCCUGACCACACAUUGAGGAUUUACUAUGUGGCCCCCGGGGACGCCGGGGACUACACCUGCCUGGCGGAGAACGAGGUUGGUUUAGCCUCUGCGUCCGUCCGUCUCGUUGUUCAAGACGCGCACACUGCUGACGAGGGCCAGAGGGAGCCUCGCGAGGACAUCACCCGGGAGUUGCAGCAAGUCCAGGUGGUCUCGCCCUCGCGGCCUGUGGAGGAGUUCAGGAUGUCGUACCGCCCGCUGGUGCCGGGGAGCUGGGAGCGGGCGGAGCGGGGGCUUCCUGCGAAUCCCCAGGAACGCAGCGAGUUGCUCACCGGCUUCAAGCGAGGCCACAAGAACGAACUGAGGGUCCGGGAGCACAGCGGCCAACACCGCAGCCCCAACAGCAACUCCGAGGAAGUGCCUGACGCCCCACCUCGUAGCCUUACCGUAGCCACGGUGGGAGGUGGGAACAACAGCCUCUUGGUCCGCUGGGAGCCCCCUCCACCUGCGUCGCACACCGGGAUCCUGAAAGGCUACAAGGUUUGGUGUCUGGGCAACGAGAGCCAACACAGCAGGAACUGGACGGUGGAGGGGGGGAGCCUGGAGCUGGCCAUCGAUGGACUGACCCCCGGCAUCGAAUACCGCGUGCGGGUCGCUGCCGUCAACAGCGCCGGGGUGGGGGUGGCCACGGAACCGCAGUACGUCUUGAUAGCGCGGGCCGAUCGUGAGGCUCCGGCCCCGGUUCCCCUCCUGCGGCGGGCGCUGUUGUGGCUGCGACGGCCGCUGGUCAUCGGUGUGGCCGGGGCUGCGCUGUGGGUGUCGCUGCUGCUGAUCUGUGUCUCCGUUUACUGCCGACGGCUCAGAGCCUGGAGGAACCGCAGCUUGUACAACCCCAGCAAAGCGCUGUACAGACUGGCCAGUGAGGACCUCAUCAUCAAGCACAGGAUGAGGCUGAAGGAUACACCGUGGCUCGCUAACAACUGGAAUUCCAGCAGCUUCUGCAAGAACUUCAGCCCGACCGUCACUCAGCCUCUGUGGCUCAGCAACGACCAGAGAUCGCUGGACACGGAAUCGCUGGAGGAGGAGAAGAAACCCCAGAGCCCCGGAGACCAAGGUGUCCGGAUCGUGCCCGAUAGUGGGAUGUACGGCACGUUUUACGUGGAUUUUGGGGGUAAGGAUAUGAGGCAGUUCAGCGUUCCAGCCGGACCCUCCCUCAACAACUGCGUUCCCCUCAACAACGCCAAGGCCUUGGACACCGAGACCCCCACUUUGCCGUGGAAACCAGCGUUCCCACCGCAGCCUCACCUGGAAUCGUGGGAUAAAAAACGCGUUAAAGGGACAGGGCGGAGCAUGAUGAAGACUUUCUGCUCCCCAAAACUCCCCCCUCGGGCUGUGGGGUUACAGCUGGUGGACGUGCUGCCCCCUGCCCCGCCUCGCCCCAGGGAGGAGCAGGAGCCACGAGCCGAGCGAAUGAUGGAGGGGUCAAACAGGCCUAAGAAUCUUCCGGAAAAGUCCCCAGAAGUCCGCAGGAGGGAUGGACUUUGGUCUGCUCGGGGAGACGGCGAAACCUCCGCCCGGUACAGCCGUCUCUCCUCCGUCUCCGUCUCUGUCUCGGGCGGCGAUGAGAACGAGUCCGUCCUGACGUGGGAGCGCGCGUUGCGGAGUCUGGAGCUCGCGAGGGAGGAGUCGCAUCCCAGGCACUUCACGGACACUUUAACCCUUCGAAGACCCUCCUCGCGCCCCCUCACCUACGGCUACAUCUGCGGUCCGACCCUCUCUGACCUCGAGGCCGACUUUGCCGCCGCCGAAGACGAGGAAGAGGACGACGAGGACAACGAGAUGGCCCGCGGGAGGCCACGCCUGCUCCUCCGGGGCCUGUGCCGGGCUCCGGGAUCCAGCGAGAGUGGCGGCAGCUCGGAGGCGGGGUCUCUGGCUAAUGGCUGGGGGUCCGAGUAUGAGGACCCCGGCACCAGCGCCCGCUGCAGCCUCGUCAGCUCGGACGCCUCCUUCCUCAUGGACGCCAACUUCGCCCAAGCCCUCGCGGUGGCCGUCGACAGCUUCUGCUUCGGUCUCAGGAAAACCGAGCCCCGGAACACUUGCUCAGACCUCUCAGCCGCCUCCUCUCGACCAGGCUCCAUCCUCGACUCUGCCCUGUCUCACGAGCCCUCCGAAGGGUCAGAGGUCACCGGCCGGUUCCCGGAGCCGGAGAUGGAACCCGGUUGGAUCUGGGAGUGGAACCCGUCGUGGGCCGGUCAACUCAGGGACCGGGGCCCCCCGAGAGGGGAGGCAAUGGCACGUAACCCAACACCCGUUCCAACAAACCCCGAGGGAACAGGGAGAUUGCCAGACGAACACCACCGACGAGGCAGAUACAUUGCCGAUGUUUACGGCUGCGAGCGGGACAGACAGGCGGAGUCGUGGGUGGGAGGACCUCAGGUCUCGGUGGCUCCUGUCCGUGUGCCCGGGGCCAGGAGGGAGCCGGAGCGAGCGGGGGCAGGAACCUUCCCCACUGACCCCAGCGCUGUCACCGUGGCUAAGGUGUAGGAGCAGCCAGGGCGGAGACGAGAGCGGUUCGGGAACGUUCCGGAAACCGGGCGCGGUUCUUUGUACAUACGGAUUGCACGGACUUGAGGGGAGCUGAGCGAGAGCCACUACAC